AUGACCUGUGUGGGUGAGCGCACGGCUCUGGUGGAGGAGGCUUGUGAGAAGAAGAAGCGACAGGCGUUACUAAGUUCAGUGCAGAUCACAUUUGAAGAGGGUCCUCAGUUACCACCAGCUGGGUGUAUAAGUCACGUGACGUGCGAGGGACAGUCGGAUCACAGCAUGGUGCUAUCCUGCCAUCUGUCAGCUGAAGCUGUGAAAUUCCCUGUCUCUGUUACUCAGCAGUCCCCAGUUGCUGUUUCUGUGGACACCUAUCAUGUCACUCUGGCUGUGCUGCAGGCUCAGGUGGAGAUCCACUUGGAGGAGAUACAGAACGAAGGUCUCCUGGUGUCGUGGACCUUCAAGGACAGACCAGACUUGAACCUUUCGGUUCUUCCGAGACUUCAACUUCGCGAGAAGAAUGAAGGGAGAGCGGAUCUGUCCACCAUAAAGGAUCUGAUCGAGGAUACCAUUGUCAGCACGCAGCCAGCCAUGAUGGUGAAUCUGAAGGCCUGCACCGCUGGAGCCGGUGCGGUACCCAUCAAUAAGUUGACUCGAGAGUCCCCGUCCGGAGUAGCAGCAGCCCCUCUGGGUUCUAAGCUGUUGCUCCGGAAUCUUCGAGUGCUGAACUUGGGCUGCCAGGGGAAGGGAGGAGUCGGGGAGAUACACUGCGUGGCAGGGCUAGACAGCCCACCCCAGCAGAAGCAGACGAGGCCGGUGACAGCUGGCAGUGCCGGCGCUGCAGCAGAGAUGGAGUGGAAUGAGGAGCUCUUUCUGGAGUUGGGACCUAGAAGUAAAGAGCUGAAGCUGCAGGUGCUGGGGAACAGUGACGGAGGGGGAAAUGUGCUGCUGGCACAUGCCACGCUUUUGCUUGAUUCUUUGGGCAAACAGCCAUCUGGGAGACAGGUCUGCUCGCUGGCCCCAGCAGCUGGGCAGUCACUGGCAGCUGAAGCUACCAUUAUAUUGGAGCUGCUAUUCCAGGAGUCUCCUGCAUCUUUGAAUGCUCAGCAUGCCACAUCUCUGCGAACCAGCAUCACUCCCACUAAGAAGGUGGAGAUGGACCGGACCAUCAUGCCCGAUGGCACCAUCGUGACUACUGUCACCACGAUUCAGUCCCGGCCCAAGGCAGACUGCAAACUGGAUUCACCAUCAAGGUCGCCUUCCAAGGUGGAAGUGACUGAAAAGAAGACAACAGUGCUUUUGGAGAGCAGCUGCCCUCGCAGCCCCUUGCCCAGCGGUAGCCGGGAUAGCCAUAUGCCCAAUGGCUUGGAUCCGGUGGCCGAGACGGCGAUCAGGCAGCUAACCGAGACGAAUAACAAGCCCGUCAAGAAGACCCCAACAAAACGUAGCACGCUGAUCAUCUCGGGAGUUUCCAAGGUACCUAUCGCUCAAGAUGAAAUGGCACUUUCUCUGGGUUAUGCCGCAUCCCUGGAGGCCACGUCAUAUGGGGAUUCUGCGGCGGAGGGCACAGCUGACCAGAUGCACGAUUCUACUGAAUCGUCACAGCUGCUGGAAGCGUCGCCGUCAGGACAAAGGGCCAGUCAGGAGCUGGAUGAGACAACGCGAUCGGACAUCUCUGAGAGACCGUCGGUAGAAGAUGUUGAGUCUGAAACCGGCUCCACGGGAGCCCUUGAGACCAGGAGCUUGAAAGAUCACAAAGUUAGUUUUCUUCGGAGUGGUACCAAGCUCAUCUUCCGGAGAAGGAGCAAGCAGAAGGAAGCAGGCCUGAGCCAGUCGCACGAUGACUUGUCCAACGUCACCGCCAACUCCGUUGCCAGGAAGAAAGCCGGCAGCUUCUCCCGCCGCCUCAUCAAGCGCUUCUCCUUCAAGUCUAAAUCCAAACCCAAAACUAGCGACGGCACAACAGCAGGUGAGAACUGA